AGAGAGCGCCGCUGCGCUGAGGUCCUGCAUGAUCGCGCGUAAUACUUGGAAGCAGAAGCUCGCUCCGGAGUGGUGUUUCUGCGAUGUGUAUCUCGGGAUGAGUCACGAUGAUCAUGAUGAUAAUGAUGAUCAUGGACGGAGACCGAUUCCAUGCUUUCCUUCUUGCCCGCUAUGGCCCCGAUCCACGUACUACACUCUUACGUGCUAGGUCCACGGACACACGUCGUUCAUGCCCGAUCGGGCGGGAUGAGAACGCUCUCGCUCCGUCUGAGGAUUAUUUUUGCUCGCGACGGUGCUAUGCGUGUUUUUUUUGGCCGUUCUCGAACCUUGAUGUCAUGAUCGUCGCGCUGGCUGUAGAUGAUCUCUGCUCUGCUCCGCUCCGCUCCGGAUCGACGAUCACGCGGCAUCUGCGGACUUUGCGAGGUUGUCUCCGAGCCUCGCUGCUCAUCCUUUCGUGGGAUGGUCUGUUGUCGAUCCACGCGGGAGAGCGUCUGCCAUCCUCCGUCAAGCUUUUUUACCGCCGGAGAGGAAGGAAGCGUAUUGCUCGGCGAAGCGUAAUCGAGGCAUCGCACCGCUGCUCUCGGGUUGCGUUGAUGUGCAAUCGUCGAUUGGUAAUAGCAGACGACGUCAGAGUCGAAACUCUCCAACGAGCUUAACAAUGAAAGACAUGUCCCUACUUACACACAGAAACAUAAGAGAUCUAGAUCAUCCCGCAUCCCAAUAAGCAUCAUCAAGCCGAAUUCACGCCUAACAUCGCACAACGAACACCAUCUUAC